AUGCUCUUCUCCAAGCUCUUCGCCCUCGCCAGCCUAGCCACCACGGCCCUGGCCUCAGGUGCCAGCAUCGUCGCCGCCAUGGACACCAUCUCGGCCACCACGACCGACCUCGACACCACCGUCGCGGGCUGGAACGGCAACAUCUUCGGAACGGUUCCGAUCGUCAUCAAGUCGACGCAGCUGCUCAUCGACAUCGGCAACGGCACCCACACGGCCAAGGCGUCGGACGUGCUCUCCAUCACCGAGGCGAUCCAGGUUGCGGUGGCCACAAACGAGCUGGGGGCCGUUGUCGAGGCCGCCCUGGGCACCAUCGUCGCGGCCAAGUCCAAGUUUGACAAGCUGCUCCUGAGCCCGGUCAUCUUGCUCAACCUCCACCUGCAGAAGAAAGCCACACAGGACUUUUCCUCGGCUGUUAUUGACAAGGUGCCUGAAUCGUUGCAAGCCUUUGCCGAGACCCUUGUCCAGGGCAUCAUCGAUGCCUUUGAUGCGGCGAUCGAGAAGUAUGAUUUGUGA